AGCUCUAGCAAAUUUCCUCGGGGUCAGGUGGGUGCGGCACUGCCACCAUGCACUGCACACAUUCAACCACCAUAUCUCAGUAUCUGACGACGUUUGCUGGUAUUAUUGAAGGGGCGUUCAAUCUCAGGGUGCACCUGAGAAAGCCAAACGGGUGGAAUAGCGACAGUUCUUCUUUGGUUCAGCAUACCGCAACUUAGGUCUUUGAUUGCGGGGUGGUGCAAAAUUGUGAAGACUAUCGCCUCAGGGUCGCCGCGUCGCCAGCAUGUCCUCCAAGAAGUCAGAUGAUGCAAAAGGAAAGAGGAAGGUAGAAGAAGAGGAGGAAGAGGAGGAGGACGACGACGAUGAGGGGGAGGAAGUCCUAGAAGGGGGUGAGGAGGAGGAAGGAGACGAGGACGAGGACGAAGACGACGAGGAAGAAGAGGAAGAAGCACCCAGGAAGGGUGGGGGGUCUGGAAGCGGGUCUUCUCAUCGCCCAUCCAAAAAGAGCAAAUCUUCAGAAGAGAACGAAGAGGAGGAGGUGGAGGAAGUUGCGGGACUGUCAGGUGAUGAAGUGGACCCGAACCUGAUCCUGCCCCAUAGAACAAGGAGAGUGGGGGAGAAAGCGCCCCCCCAAUACAGCUACGAUGCAGGGGACGACGAUGACAGCGACGAUGAUUAGUUGAGAGCUUUUUGUAGCUUGCCUUUUUCGUGGGCCAGGUGAUGGCAUCUCGACAUCGUCCCCACAUUUUCACAUGGCCAAUUCAGAAGCUGGAGGAAUCGUACUUGCCAAGUAACGACCUGGUACUACUGCAUGAGGCUGGAUUUCCGCGCACUGAGAAGGGGGUGAGAAACCCUUUUUUGGCAAAUGGUUGGAGGAACUUAGCCAUCCAAAUGCUCUUUCGUGGAAAAACUCCCACACCCAUAGUCCGUACUCAAUAUCAACAUUCGAAUACACCUAUAUGCUGUGCAAGGUGUGGGGGGCCAAGUACCGUGAUAAAAUGACUCAUUUUCGCAAGGAGCAAUGCUAAACACCGCUUGGAUUGUGGUACACGACUCGAUCUGUGACAAUUCCAAGGCACAAGUUAUAUUAUACAGAUUAAUC